AGUCAUGGCGUCGAGAAUUUGCAUUUCAAUUACUGAGGAAUUUUAAUUUGAAAAAAAUAAAAAUAAAAUAUAAAUCUUUCCCGGAAAAUUGCUUGUCUUCGCCGUCGUGGAGCAGAUGGUUUGGUUAUCUCAGCACGCUCUUCUUCUCUUCACCGUCGCGAUCGCAUCUGUCGCGCGCCAAUCUUCACCGUCCCCGAUCGUCAAUCCAUCUAAAGUCAAGCAGAUUUCAUGGAAACCCAGAGCUUUUGUGUAUGAAGGUUUCCUCACGGAUGAAGAGUGCAAUCAUUUGAUAUCCAUAGCAAAAUCGGGGUUGAAAAGAUCGUAUGUUGCAGAUAAUGAGUCCGGAAAGAGUAAACUCAGUGAAGUUAGGACUAGCUCUGGAAUGUUCAUUCCUAAAGAAAAGGAUCCAAUUGUAUCCGCGAUAGAGGAGAAGAUUUCUAUUUGGACUUUUCUACCUAAAGAGAAUGGAGAAGACAUACAAGUACUGCACUAUGAGGAAGGUCAGAAGUAUGAGCCACACCACGAUUACUUUGUUGACAAGAUUAACAUUGCUCGUGGUGGACAUCGAAUGGCCACCGUACUCAUGUAUCUGACUGAUGUACCAAAAGGUGGUGAAACUGUGUUCCCUGAUGCAGAGGAGUCACCUCGUCGCAGGUCAAUGAUUUCCGAGGGUGAUUUGUCUGAGUGUGCUCGAAGAGGCAUAGCAGUGAAGCCAAGGAAGGGAGAUGCACUCCUGUUCUUCAGUCUCCAUCCAGAUGCCACUACAGAUCCUAUUAGCCUCCACGGCGGAUGCCCGGUGCUUGAAGGCGAGAAAUGGUCCGCAACAAAGUGGAUUCACGUGGACUCGUUCGACAAGAUUGUGGGGCCCGAGGGGAAUUGCACCGAUGCAAACGAAAACUGCGAGCGAUGGGCUGCGCUUGGAGAAUGCACCAAGAACCGAGAGUAUAUGGUGGGUACUCUAGAGCUAGGUCUUGGUUACUGUAGAAAGUCUUGCAAAGCAUGUUAAUAACACUUCAAGUAGGGACAUGCUAUGCUAGGGUGCCCCAAAAUGGUGUGUCCCAAGUAUUACCCUAUCCAUUUUUUGCUCUCAUGAUCAUGUCUAUGAAAACAGACUCUCAUGAUCAUCUGUGAAUGUCUAUGAAAACAGUGUCUUUGAGAGCAAAAAUAUGGUGGGGUAAAAUUUGGGGAGUAUUGGAACCUCCAUACCUAUAUUCAUAAAGCCUUGUUUUCUUUUUCACUUUUUCCUUUUUGUUAAAAAAAAAGAAGAAGAGCAGAAAACGCAGUUAAUACUUGCUAGUGUUUGUUUUAAUAAUUUUGUUUUGAAAAU